AUGGGACUCCUAAUUGGUGCCAAAAUUUUCAAUGUUUCAGUACCAUUUUUCUUCAAGAGAGCAGUAGAUUCAUUUGGACCAGCCACUGAAACAAUAAUACAGGAUCCGGCUGUUUUUAUGACAAUGGGUCCAAUUUCAAUGAUUAUUGGUUAUGGUAUUGCCAAGACAUUGUCUUCUCUUUUUACUGAAUUGAGAGGAGCUGUGUUUGCCAAAGUAACUCAAGCAUCCAUCAGAUUAAUUUCUCUGGGAGUUUUUAGUAAAUUAUUGAAUAUGGAUUUGAACUUUCACCUUCAAAGAAAAACAGGAGCACUCACAUCAACUAUGGAUAGAGGAAAAAGAGGAAUUAACUUUUUAAUGACUAGUUUAUUGUUUAAUAUUGUUCCAACAAUGCUAGAAUUAUCAAUUGUAACAGCUAUAUUUUACAUUAAUUACGGACCUAGUUUUGCUCUUACAGCUCUUGGAUCUGUCACUUUAUAUGCAGCAUGGACUAUAACUGUAACUCAAUGGAGAACCAAGAUUAGAAAACAAAUGAACAAGGCAGAAAAUGAAGCUAGUGGAAAGGUAGUUGACUCACUUAUUAACUAUGAAACUGUCAAGUAUUUCCAAAAUGAAAAAUAUGAAUCUGAGAAAUAUGACGAACACUUGAAAAAGUAUGAACAGACCUCUUUGAGUAUUGCCUCUAGUUUGAGUGCACUCAAUUUUGGACAAACUUUUAUCUUUUCCUGUGCUCUUACUUAUAUCAUGUAUAUUACUGCCAAUAAGAUCACUACAGGAGAGUUAACUGUUGGUGACUUGGUUAUGGUCAAUACAUUACUCUUCCAAUUGUCUAUUCCACUCAACUUUUUAGGUACCAUGUAUAGAGAAACUUCUCAAGCCAUAACAGAUAUUGAGAAUUUAUUUACCUUAUUGGAUUCAAAGAAUGAUACGCAAGAUAGCUCAGACAAGGAAUUGAUUAUUGGAGGUCCAACUGAUACUGAAAUUGAAUUUAGAAAUGUUUCAUUCUAUUAUGAUCCUAAUAGAAAAAUUCUAGAUAAUGUAUCAUUCAAAGUUAAAGCAGGUACAACAAUGGGUAUUUGUGGACCUAGUGGAAGUGGAAAGUCUACCAUUUUGAAGCUCAUUUAUAGAUUUUAUGAUCCAACUGAGGGACAAAUUUUCAUCAAUGGGCAAGAUAUUAAAACAGUAUCUUUGGAGAGUUUGAGAAAACAUAUCGGUGUCAUUCCACAAGAUUGUGUAUUAUUCAAUGAUACACUCAGACACAAUAUUGAAUAUGGUAGACUUGGAUGUUCAGAGGAAGAUAUAAAAAUGGCUGCUAGUAAGGCAAAACUUAGUGAAAUUAUUGAACGUCUUCCAAAGGGAUUAGAAACUCCAGUUGGUGAAAGAGGACUCAAAUUAUCAGGUGGAGAAAAACAAAGAACAGCUAUUGCACGAGCAAUUCUCAAGUCUCCAAAGAUUUUGUGUUGUGACGAAUCAACCUCUAGUCUUGAUUCAAAUACGGAGAAGGAAAUUAUGAAAUCAAUUGAGGAGUUGUUUGGUAAGACCACUUCCAUAAUGAUUGCUCACAGAUUGUCAACAAUUCAAAGAGCUGAUCAAAUUAUUGUUUUGAACAAUACUGGUAGUAUAGCCGAGUGUGGUUCUCAUGAAGAGUUAAUUUCCAAACAUGAAGGAAUAUAUGUAGAGAUGUGGAAGAGACAAGUUCAUUAA